ACGUCAACGUCAGGCACGUCAAAAACAUAUCCACCUCCUGAGUAAGGCAAUUCAAAACAAUACAAGCAACAGUGUGAACAAGCAAAUGACAGUUUUGCAAAUGUGAUAGCAAGGAAAUUGUGGCUUUAGGGUAGUUUUUCAGGCAUAAAUUAUAUUAAUGCAAACUUAGCCAUGGGUACCACAGGCCAAUCAAUAACAUUGGCUAACAGCAUCAUCGGUGUAGGCAUUCUGGCUAUGCCAUUCUGCUUUCAACAAUGUGGUGUUUUGCUCGCUACCCUUAUUUUAUUGUUUAUGGGUCUUAUCUCAAGACUUUGCUGUUAUUUUCUACUCAAAUCUGCGUUACUGGCUAGGAGAAGAAACUUUGAAUUUUUAGCUUUCCAUGUGUUUGGUCAAGCGGGGAAGAUUGCGGUGGAAGUGGGUAUCAUUGGCUUCCUCAUGGGCACAUGCAUAGCGUACUUCGUGGUGGUCGGAGAUCUCGGUCCGCAGAUCAUCGCGAAGAUGUUCAAUAUCAGUCAGAGUGAUAUCUUAAGAACAUCAAUAAUGGUGAUAGUAUCCCUGGUGUGCGUGCUCCCGCUGGGCCUGCUGCGGAACGUGGACAGCCUCAGCAACGUCAGCGCCGCCACCAUAGCCUUCUACUUCUGUCUGGUUAUGAAGGUGAUCCUAGAGGCAGCAUCUCAGUUGGUGUGGAGUGAGUGGCCCCGGCGCGUGGAGAUGUGGCGGCCGGCGGGGCUGCUGCAGUGUGUGCCUAUAUUCUCCAUGGCGCUCUUCUGUCAGACACAAUUGUUCGAGAUAUUCGAGUCACUACCCUCCUUAUCCUUAGAAAAAAUGAACGUAGUCACCAAGAACGCCAUCAAUAUCUGCACAGCAGUGUACUUCACUCUCGGCGUGUUCGGAUACAUUGCGUUCUCGUCACAAGAUAUAUCAGGCAACAUCCUCAUGAGCCUCAGUCCGACGAUGGCUAAUGACGUCAUCAAGCUCGGGUUCGUCAUGUCGCUGGCGUUCAGUUUCCCGCUCAUCAUCUUCCCCUGCAGGGCAAGCUUGUACUCGUUCUUGUAUAAAAAGGUCCACUCAUCCCACCACGACCACAUCAUCAACCACUCGAUCCCCGAGCCCACGUUCCGCUGCAUAACCGUGGCUAUCGUAGCUGUGGCGCUGUUCAUCAGCCUGCUCAUACCCAACAUAGAGCUGGUGUUGGGGCUGGUGGGCUCCACCAUAGGAGUGCUGAUAUGUGUCGUGUUCCCCGCGGCCUGCUUCGUCAAUGUCACGUUUAAGAAUACCAAUGAAAGGGUUUUGGCUAAGGGUGUAUUAGUACUAGGUCUGAUUAUAAUGGUGCUCGGUACAUACGCGAACUUAGAAGCUGCGGAGAGCUCGCACGACAGGUACGACGACAAGUACACGCAGGAACGGAUCGACAAAAUCGUUGAGGACUUCUUCGAGAAACGAGAUAAAGAUGAUGUUUUUCUGAAGCCGCCACCACAGACUAAUAGUAUGCCGAAAGAAACCCACAAUAACUUAAUAGAAAAUAAUUUAAUUAAAGAUUCUGAAGUUCAACCACCGAAUCCUGUGCCGCCUGAGUCUCAGUCCAAUGAAAAGAUACCAGAAUCGAAAUUAAAAUUACUACGAGAUGAAGAGAAACCGCUACUACAAAUACCACAAAUCAAACAAGAUAUCGAUAAAGUAUCGGAAACUCAUCCUAGAAACCUUAAAACAAAGCUAGAAAGUAAAAUAGCUAACGGUGUCAGUAACGGCGAAGCAGAGAAAGCGAAGGAGCCAAAGGAAUCAAAACAAUCCAACGAAGACAAAAUAGACAUGAUGAAACAACAAAAACUCAUUGAAACUAUCAAACAACAUGGCGAAGAACAAAAAGAAUUGAUCAAGGAACAAAAGGAGAUAUUAGACGAAAUUAUCAAGACUAAGAAAGAACUGCAAAUAGAGCAGCAAAAUAAGAACGAAGCAGACACAAAUGAAGCGAAGAAAAUCGCUGUAGAGAGCAUUAAACAAAUCGCUAACAAGGCAAUACAGAGUAUAGGAGGCGUGUCUGAGAAGCCAGACCAAGUCAAAGAUGAGAAGAAAGAAAAACUGGAGAAACUGACCAAUGAGGCUGUUCAAGAAAUAGCUAAGAAGGCUGUAGAAACGAUAGAAGCUUUACAAGAGAUUAAAGAAAAACCUGAUCCACCGAAAGUGCCACAAGCUGCCCAAAACGGGGCUGUUAUACCUCAAGCAAUACCAGCACAAAAUGUACAGCAUGUUGUACCUAUUAACCCAGAGAUGAAACAAGACGCUAAUAUUCCUGCACCGAAAGUUGACAUUCCUAAGACAGUACCAGCUAGCAACAAUAUAGUCAACAAUCUACCAAAUCAAAAUAUACCAUCUAACGUUAACCCUCAACAGAAUAUCGACGUAAAACCAAUAAAUGAAAAGCCGGCAGAAGUAGCACAAAAACCCGUACAAACUGAUGUACAAAACCCUGUACCUCAUGCCCAAAUACAGAAUGCAGCGAAACCACAGUCGUAUCAACAAGGUGAAGACGCGGCGAAAGUUGAAAAGAAAAUACAAAACGUGCCUAUACCUAUCGUACAAGAGCUAGCUAAUAAUAAUAAAGGAAAAAUACAAGAACCUUUGAAACUCAGUAAUGAGGAUAUUAAUGUUAAUGGUCCUAAGGUACAAAGUAAUAUCCAGGCUGGUAAUCAAGCCGUCAGACAAAAAAGGGAAGUCAUUGACUGCGAAAGGACAGUCUCAAUGAAGGCUGAAGACAAAGAGAUUUGCGAUGCUAUGAAAAGGCAACCGAAAGCUAAGGAUUCCCAAGAAAUUCUUCUUCAGAAUGUUAAUAAAGUUAAUAUACCAGAGAAUGUAGUUUCUCAGGAAGAUAUAUUACCAAAAGUCGACUUGAAUGAGGUAGCUUUACCCAAGAACUUGCUCGUGGAGUCCAACGCGUUGCAUCAUAUCGCAAGAUCCCUUAAAAGUUACGAUAAAGAGAGGUAAAAUUGUCAUUUAUGUAUGAUAGCGGGUAUUUUUAGCACAGUGUUGCAUUUAAUUGUUGUUAUGUUCGUGAAGCAGUAUUGUCGGUUAAAACCUUAAUUAUGUGUGUUCCUCUAGUUUCCUAUUAUAUGACAAUGAGAUUUUCUGCCAUAUAACUUUAGAUUUUACAAAUUAAAUCAAAAUUAUCAUUAAUCUUUUGGAAGAAAUGUUUUUCAGCAGUAUAACUGUAUCUAUUUUGAAAUAACUUUUUAAACAGAAAUCCAAAAACUUUUGUAAAGGCCUCCCUUCAAUGUGAUCUCUAAAGUAUUUAUUAUAAUUUAGGAUGAAACGAGAUUUUGGUUCGAAUAUUUAAUAACUUAACGCAUAAAGUUUGAAAAUGUGAUGAGUAACAUUGACUGAUUGUGUAAUAAAUAUUAAUUUUGAAAUACAA